UGCUCAGUGCUUCUCGGGCUGGCGCCGCCUGGCCUCGUCCUCCCUGCAGCCCUUGUGUCUUGCCUUGCUUUUCCGUCCUCCACGCCCGCACGUCACUGGCGCCACCACUGGCUCUCACACAUCCAUGAAAACGAAGUCACGAUGCUGGCAAACUCCUUCGUGUCGCUGGUGACGGAGUACUUCCGCCACACUAACGUGACGGAGCAACUGGCCGCCGUGUCCCCGCUGGGCUUCUCCCUGCACGCCAUGGACUGGUGGUGGGCUGAGGGCUGCCUGGCGCGCCUCGCCCACGAAGGCGCCCUCUGGAGCUUGCUAUUCUACCUGGCCGGAGCGCUGCUGUUCUUCCUUGCCUACCGCGCCGCCUUCUCACCCGUCGACCGUGUUAAGGACCUGACGGAUGUGGGGUGGGGCUGCCUGGGCGGGGGUCGCAAGGCCUCGCUGGCGGAGAGGAUCCGAGAGGUGCAGCGGCUCAGGAAGAAGGGGAACCUGCCGCCCGUGUACCCCAAUGGCUGGUUCGCGCUGCUGCAGUCAAGGGAACUCGCCAAGGGACAGGUGGAGUCAGUGCAAGUGUUCGGGCAGACCUUGGCGGUGUUCAGGGGCGAGGACGGCGUGGCGCACGUGACGGAUGCAUACUGUCCGCACAUCGGCGCUAACAUGGCAGUGGGUGGCGUCGUGAAAGGGGACUGCCUCGAGUGUCCCUUCCACGGUUGGCGUUUCCGAGGCUCCGACGGGAAGUGUGUUGACAUUCCUUACUCGAACAAAGCCAUCCCGCGGACCGCCAGCGUGAAGACGUGGAUCAGUCGGGAGGUGUCGGGGUUCAUCUUCGUGUGGCAUGACGCCGAGGGCCGAGACCCGACGUGGGAGCUGCCAGUGGUCCCCCAGGUGGAGGAUGGCAGCUGGGUGUACCGAGGCAGGACAGAGCACCAGAUUCUUGCCCACAUUCAGGAGAUGCCGGAGAAUGGUGCUGACGUGGCCCAUCUCGGUCACCUCCACGUGCCCAUCAUCUUCAAGGGAAGCGACCUGAGGGACAUCUUCGCUAGGAACUCGCUGCUGGACUUUGCCAAACACACCUGGAGCGGGGAGUGGCAGGCGCGCGCCGCUCCGGAGUCUCACGCGGCAGACCUCACUGUCAGGCAUUCUUUCUCGCUCUUCGGCGGCAGACUCAAGCUGUUCAGCAUGACGGUCAAGGUGGAGCAGCUUGGCCCGGGCGUGGUGUACCUGUACUUCAACACCAUCCUGGGCUCGGGUGUGCUGGUACAGACGGUGACGCCCUUGGAGCCGCUCCGACAGAAGGUGGUGCACCAGUUCUUCUCCUCCAGGACCUUCAUCGCUCCCUGUGCCAAGUUUGUCAUUCUCUCCGAGGCCAGACACUUCGAGCGGGACAUCAUGGUGUGGAACAACAAGCAGUACCUGUCCCAGCCGCUCCUGGUGUCCGAGGAUCGCUUCAUCGUCAAGUUCCGCCGCUGGUACAGUCAGUUCUACUCGGAGAACAGCCCCAAGUUCAGCUUCACCAAGGAGAGCCUGGAGUGGUAGUAACAUUCUGCAACACGCAGUAGGUAGCCUGUAGACUCCCUGUGAUGCAAAUCAAGACACGAAUACUGACCAGCUUCAAGGAGAGCCUGGAGUGCAAUGGUAACCGCUGACGCUGCCCUGGCUCCCGCAACACACACCCCGGCGGCUGCCCGAAUCCCUGUGAUCCAAUUUAACUCUUUCACUGCCAUAGAGGUCCUUCAUUAACCUCCAGACCAAUGUAAAAGUUGUUUGCGUAAAGGCAGAAAAAACAAAAGAGAGAAUAAAGAAAAUAAUUUCGCCUUUUUUAGACUUCGGAAAUUUUUAAGCGUUUAGAAGAAAAAAAUGACCGUCUAAAAAGUAGUUUGGUGAUUAAAGAAAAAAAUCUAUAGCGGUGAAAGGGUAAAGACACGAAUAAUAAUCAACGUAAAUUAGACAUAAGAGACAAAAGAGAGGAUAAGAAGUUAAUAUUUUCUCUUUUUUAACUACAGGAAUACGGAAGAGAGUUUAAUGCAAAAAUGAACGUUUAAAACAUUAUAGUUGUGAAAGGGUUAAUACACGAAUAAUAUAAUAAUCCGCGACAAAUAGAUGUUACCGUCACACAAGAGCAAGUCAUCUGGCCAGCAAGUUACUAGGAUCACCUCCUGUCCCGCUGACUUCACAUCACCAGGCUCUUUGAAUCUUCCAGUGACUCGUUCCUUGCAGUUUGUGGACACCAUCAUUGCUGAGAUUAGAUAUAACGAGUUGUCUUCCUAAGUGUUUGGAGUCUUUCAGCGAUGCAGUCAAGGGAUGGGGGUGACAGCGAGGG